AUGGACGAUGAGGCAGUUCCCGAUGCUUCGGAAAGGUACAAGGAGCUAUUAAGAAAAUGCCCUCACCAUGGCAUUCCAUACUGUAUACAGCUCGAGACAUUUUACAACGGGUUAAAUAUCACUGCAAAACAAAUGCUCGAUGCUACAUCAGGUGGAGCUUUCACGGCUAGUACCUAUAAUGAUGGAUAUGAUAUCCUUGAAAAGAUUUCAAAUAAUAAUGGACAUUGGGCCGACCCUCGUACACUAGUACCACGCAAAACAGUGGGAGUUCAUGACGUAGAUGCUUUUACAGCAUUAACGGCUCAGAUGACUGCAAUGACCAAUUUGAUUAAAAAUUUAACAAAUGGUCAAGCAGCACAAACCAUASCCACCGCGCAUGCUCCAACUGUUGAAUUUGGCAUGGAUGACAGGAUACCACCUGGGUACCCUCACCCUUCCCGACCUUCCCCUCCUCCCAUACCACAAACCACAUUCCCUCUACCAACCAACUUAGCCAACCUACCACCAUGGUUGCUAAGAUCCAUCAUCCCAUGUCCUACCCCUCUUAGAGCCAUUCCAUUUGGCCAAACAAUCCCUUUACCUGCUGUCCUAAUCCCAACAUUUAUCCAACCUACCAUUUCCUUAGCCCAACCAACCGCUACACCUGCUGUCCAAACCCAAACAGCCCCUAACCCUACUGUUUGGACACCUCAAAUUCCAUUAUCCACUGUUUCCCAAACCCAAACAGCCCCAUCCCCUUCCCCUCCACCUAGACCUAAACCCACACCUCGUAGACCAGCCACUAGGUCCACAGAAAGACAUGUCACCAAACCAAUGACCAAAGAGAAAGGUAAGGCCAUCGAUGUGGAAACUUAUGUUCCCAAAGGUUUGCCAAAACCCAAGCAAAGAAAACCACGAGCCAAACGCAUUAAGAUAAAGGAUGAGAGUCAAGAUAAUGCACAACCCUCGGGAGUCCCACCUCCAGAUCAGCCACUCUCCCAAGGGUUUACCAAGACAUAG